ACGGACAGUUGUCAUUGUUGAGGCUAGUCGAUGCUAAAUCACGAACGAGUCAUUUCGUUGAUCCAACCGAUAUAAACUGGCCACACUCGGCAUGCUGAGCAGGGGACAGAAGCGGCUGUGGAAGUACGUCGAGGAGGGCAGCCUGUUUAAACUCAAGUCGUACCUGCGAAAGCACCGGGACUUGGACGUGAACUUCUGCCAGGGUAAGAGGCGGAGGAGCCCGCUGCAGCUGGCCUGUGGCCUUGGGGAAGACGCCGUGGUGCGGCUCCUGCUUGAGCACGGAGCCGAUGUUCUCCUGGCCGACAAGAAAGGAGACACGGCGCUACACGUUGCCGUAAAUAGAGCUCUUAAACGUGGAAAAACGGCUUACGAUGACCUGGUUGUGCCUCUCAGAAAGAGUUGCCCGGAGGCCAUGGAUGCCUCAAACAUUGCUGGCGUGACACCCCAGGACCUCCUGAAUGGGUUUAAACACUUAGAGCCUUCUGGACAAGGCGCAAGCAGCACAUCUCAAGCUGACAUGGAGAGAGAUUGGAUUGAGAAGUUGUUUGGGGAAUGUCAGGAUGAGUUCUCCGAAACCUUUGGAGUUUAUGACGCGGAUGACUUCCUUCCUGUUGAUGAAGACGAUGAGGACUAUGGUGACUGGGCUGAUCGCAUUAGAAGAGAAUAUUUCUCAAAGAAGCACGCGGAAGCACAGAGAAUGGCCGCGUCGUCGUCUAGCGGGAGGAAGAAGAAGAGUAAGCGAGAAGAAGGGGAGCAGAGCUACAAGGAGCUGCACGCCAGGCUGCAGAAGGAACACGAGGAGUAUUUGUCUCGAGCAGCGCGCAAAGAGGAAGAGAUCCGUCAGGGUAAGAAGCGGCGCUACGAGCAAAUGUGCACAGCCACUUUCCACGGCGGCGGCGCCAAGCUGCUGAGCUACAGCGACAUCCCCUGGCCGGCGCCACGCUGCACCGUUCAGGAGAUGGCGGACGUCAUGCUGCACGGCGUUGACCGCACGGACGCAGCGGGCUUCCGGAAGGCGCUGCGCAAGCAACAGGCGCUCUGGCACCCCGACAAAUUCGCCCAGAGGUGCGAAGCUCGGCUGGACGGGAAGGACAAGCAACACAUCCUGGACACGGUGACGGCGCUGUCGCAAGAACUUAACAGACUGGCGCAGAGCCUGAAACCAUGAUGAGACAAGAUUCUAUUCUGUUUGGGAGUUGGGGUGGGUGUUCAAUUCAGUUCUUACAGAAUUUACAGAUUAAAUGUGUAUUAAAUUACAUCUGGAAUAAUG